AUGUCGGACCCGAGCGAGGGUGACAUUUCCUCCAUUAUAGAGAUCACCGGUUACCAUCCGGUUGACGAUCGACAGCUGGUCAUACAGGCGCUCAAGAGCAACUCUGGUUCUGUCGAGAAUGCCAUCAACGACUUCUUGAACGAUGCCGAUGGGUUUCGAACGAAAUACUCUACGAAAUGGGACGAGUCGUUGUUCGCCGGCGAUCGGGAUGGGAAGCAGGACGAGCUGGCUAGGUCUACUCACAUCGAAGGGCCUGCUUCGAACCAGAGUCCGGUCAUCUACGGCGUAGAACCGUCGCCUUAUGCGGACGUCGGCGCACCGUCGAGGCCGCCUUCGAGGACGAAGGACCGCUCCCCGCUCGAGAGCAUCACGGACUGGACCGUCUCCAACGCUGGUGUCCCCGGGUCGUACGCCCAGGAGGAGGAAGACGUACGGCGCGCCAUCAGAGAAUCUGCCCAAGAGGCCGGCUACUCUAUCCCUGCCCAGGAGACGGGCGUCGUCAGCAGCUCGACCUCGGAGCCGCAUUUCGGCCCCGCCAACCGCGACGAUUACGAUUCGGCGCAGUGGUCCAUGGUGCCGACCUCCGCAGUCACCGCCAUACCCAGCUCUCAGACACCGCCGCCUUCGUCGAGAAAGAGGCCCGAGGGGAUACCGGCUCUCCUCACCGGACAGCCUGCUAGCUGGUAUGGGCAGCACCGCCUGGGUGGCUUCCUGACAAUUCUGCACGGCAUACCCCUGGCUCGCAACCUACUCCUGCAGGGGGGCAGUCCUCCCUCGUCCUACGGCCACAACUCGCAGUGGUGGAAUGGCCAGGAGAUCCUGGCCCCGCACGUACUCUCCCAGACGGGUUCGGACGACAUCGAUACGGGCGGCGCAGUCGACGGCUCCUUUCAAGACACGCCCCAGGUGUCGGGCUUCGAGCAUGAGAUCCACCGCCUCAUGGCGUUUCUGGACCUGACGGAGAGGAGCUACGGCUCUGCCAGCGUCUUGGCCACCAACGUAGGUUCGGCGGCCUCCGACAUGGAGCGCCGAUUCUACGAGAUCUUUGGGGCGCGCAACACUGCCCAGGUGGCCCCAUUCUACACCGUCGUCGUCAUCACGAACCUCCAGGGCGCCAGCGACGAGGACUCGAUGCAGGACUUUGGCCUCAUCGAUCUGCAGAACCUGAGGGCCGACUACGACAAGGUCAAGACGCUCUAUGAGCUGAUUGACUGCAUCAUGUGGAGCGACAUGCUCAACUCGGACAGCCCCGACGAGACGACCCGCAUGGCCAUGUUCCGCGAGAUGGGCGACAUUCUGUCCAUCAGCAUGGGUGGCGACGGCCCCACCGACCGCAUCGAGAUACCAGAGGAGCUGUACCCGGAGCGGUGGCUCGAGAGCCGCAGGAGAGAUGCCCUCAAGAUACAAAAGGCCCUCCAGAAGGACAGGAAAGAGGCGGCCACGGCCAAGGACGCCAAGAUGAAGCUGUUCAAGUUCCUCGACCCCGAGACGGCGCGCGAGCAUGACAAGCGGGACGUUGCCGUGCGCACGAAGAAGGGGUUCGGAGCAUACUGCGACUACCUGGAGGCGCGCGGUCGGUUCCGCACGGUGCAAGAGUCUGGGUUCGACGCCGACAAGUAUCCGGAUUACAGAUCGGCGCCGUCGACCAUGACAGAGGCAGAGUCCGAGCUGCACAGGACUCUGACAGAGGCGGUCAAGUUUGCGCAGAAUUCACUGGAUGAGGGGAACAGAAAGAUGGAAGAACUCGACCAAAGAUUAGAGCGCAUCGAAGCCCACAUCAAAUUUCUGGGCCGCCUGCUCACCAACCCCAACAAGCCCGGAAGGCCAGAGCCGAUGCGGUGCAAGAAGUAUCUCCUGCAGGGCAUCACGUCGUCGAGCGAGGUCACGUACAUAUGCAGGAGACCCAAGGCCCAUCUGAUAGAGCUGGAUGAUGCACCCGAGACUAGGGAUCAGUGGUGGAGGUUGUCAUUUACGGCUCAGGAUAAGGAGCAGCCUGUCCACGCAGAGACACUGAACUUUGAAGAGGUCAUGCAAAAGGUAUGGAAGGAGACCAAGACUCCACUGCUGGUGUACGCAUCAGAGAAGGCGAUAUACGCCGAACCGGCCCCUCUCAGCAGCUCGCUCGAGACGUUCGUCAAGGCGGACAAUAAGGCAUUCAGGCAGGAGCUAGUUCAGGAGUCUCUGGAACCUUCCCGCGUGGCAUCGGGAUCAUCGGAAGACGCAGUCAGAUCACCGCCUAAGAGGAAGCAUCGAUCCGACAGUAUUGACUCCAUGGCCACCAAUCGAGCAUCCGCGGGGAGUCAGGAUGGGGACGCAGAACGGGAGAGCGCGGAAGACCCGUUCGUCGACAGCUGUGACAGCAAGGGCACGUCGAAAGCAGCACCGGGAAGACGGUCAGAAGCUGCCACCGUCGCAUCGGCAGAGGUGGAGGUAACGACAGCAAGACCUGCACCGCCAUCGCACGGUCCGCCACCCCUGCCGAAGAGACUGGAGUCGAAGGAGCCUGAGAUGCAGGAGCGCGUCCAGAUACCCAUGCUGAAUAGGUUCUUAUCGGGAGACAAGGACGCUCACGGCGCCGGUGCAUCCAAGGACAUGGAUCUCGGGGACGAGGACUAG